CCCUCCUUCCCUCUCGACAGCACCGCGGCACAACAGAUGGUGCGCUAUACAUUACUCUUGCGCAUUUUUGCUUUGGAACAACUUUCCUUACAGGCACCGUUCACGCAUUUAGCCGACAGAAAGGUUCCUUGCCAGGAAAAAACUCGACUUUUAACUCGAGACCGUUUCGAGACGCAUUUUGGUGUCCGGGUCAGAAGUGGCUAUGCCAUUUGGCUGUUUAACAAUUGGCGAAAAGAAGGAUUACUACAGUCCUUCAGACGUGACGGACAAGUAUGACAUGGGUCAAAUUGUUAAAUCGGAGGAGUUCUGUGAGAUAUUCAGGGCCAAGGACAAAAACACCAUGAGAAUGUACACAUGCAAAAAGUUCCUGAAGAAGGAUGGAAGGAAGGUGCGCAAAGCUGCCAAAAAUGAAAUCCUCAUUUUAAAAAUGGUGAAGCAUCCCAAUAUUCUCCAGCUGGUGGAUGUCUUUGAGACUAAAAAGGAAUACUUCCUCUUUCUUGAACUUGCGACAGGCCGAGAAGUGUUUGACUGGAUCCUGGACCAAGGCUAUUACUCCGAGCGGGAUACCAGCAAUGUGGUGCGGCAGGUCUUGGAAGCCGUCGCUUACCUCCACUCUCUGCAGAUUGUUCACAGAAAUCUGAAGUUGGAGAAUUUGGUGUACUACAACCGCCUCAAGCACUCUAAAAUAGUCAUCAGCGACUUCCAUCUUGCCAAGCUGGAGAAUGGAUUAAUCAAAGACCCCUGCGGGACACCCGAGUAUUUGGCUCCGGAGGUGGUCGGCAGACAGCGAUACGGUCGAGCCGUGGACUGUUGGGCAACAGGCGUCAUCAUGUACAUUCUGCUGUCGGGCAAUCCUCCUUUCUAUGAUGAGAGUGACGAAGAUGAUUAUGAAAACCAUGACAAGAACCUGUUCCGAAAGAUCCUUGCAGGCGACUAUGAGUUUGACUCACCAUAUUGGGAUGAGAUCUCCGAUUCAGCAAAAAGUCUGGUUGCACGUCUGAUGGAGGUGGAUCAAGACCAAAGACUGACAGCCCAGGAGGCUAUCAACCACGAAUGGAUCUCGGGCGGCGCGGCGUCAGAUAAAAACAUCAAAGAAAACGUCUGCGCGCAAAUCGAGAAGAACUUUGCUCGAGCAAAAUGGAAGAAAGCUGUGCGGGUCACCACCAUCAUGAAGAGACUGAGAGCCACUGAGCAAAGCGCCACCAAAGCUGCCGAUGCGGCAGCCGGCGCUGCGGCAGCCCCCGCGGCGCCCGAGGCUGCCGCAGUCCCGUCCACACCUUCGCCCGCUGCCGCCACAACACACCAAGUGGUCACGGAGAUUCACGAGCCGGUUGUGGAGAUGCUCGAGGGGGCGGAGCCAGAGCCGCAGGAAGCUGAGCCCACGUCUGGCUGCAACGGAGAUACGGCGGCUCCGCUCCGCGUCGGCGCCGAUGCGGAGGACGAGCAGGGCUAGGCGCCUCCCCUCGGCCCGCACGGCCGCGACCUCGGCAGAGGCGCCGACUCCCGCACACUGUACAUUAGCUGCUAGCAUGGUGACACUGACUCGGCUUCUCUUUCACUUGCAGCAUUCUUGUCAUCUGGAGGCUGUGCGCUACCUUUCCUGAGUGCUCCGCAUUGCAUCGGCAUUCUCUUUCAAUGAAUCGCAUCUUCUUUCGCCAGCCCCCGGUGUACAAACUGAGUCUCCGAAAUAUUUACUUGAGUUUUCAGCGGAAGAAGAGAUUUGCUGCCGAGCCACGGCUUAACAAAGACUUCAUGCGUCUCAGUGCUCAGCAGAAGAAGAAGAAUUGAACGAGUCGAUUCCUUUUUUAAAAGCUGACUUGGGGGAGAUGUCUGUCUGCCAGUAUUUGCUCUUGAAAUCAGAGAAAUGUUUGACUUGAAAAUCACGCCGCGUAACCUCCCGGUACUUAACGAGGGCGCUUUGCGCUGUCAUACCCACGGUGCCGAACAGUUACUUUAUUGCGUGUCGCUCGUUGCUGACAUGGCCGAGAAUUUGGUCCCGGCGUGACCUCACACAUACGCACAGAACAACACAAGUGUUUGGUCCUUUGCUUACUCCUGCCUCAGGAAAGAACCUCACAGUUGUAGGUGGAAACAUUUUGUGCAUAGGGAUCUUUGUAGAAGUAGCGAAAAGAGCAUGCGUUCGCAUUUUUUGCUAUUCGUUUUUGCCUUUA